UUUAUAGGUAAAGAGCCUUGCGCUUGUCGGAUGUCUCAUCUGAGCGGCCGUGGCGGUGUGUUCCCUGCGCCUGGAUUGGCUGCCACCCCGCGCCUCCACCACCGCCCACCAACCACAACAAGAGUCUCAUCAACUGAUAGAAGAGUCACAAGUGUGUUUUCUUGCGGCAGGGAACCACGACCCACGUGGUGGUCAGCGGAGCGGCUGAUGCAGCUCUUUGUGGUGUUUGAGCAUGCCUCUGGCUAUGGGCUCUUCAGAGUGCGGGAGUUUGAAGAAGUGGGAGCUUUUCUGCCACAAGUAGAGGAAGCAGUGACACAAGCUGCAAAAUUCCAGCAGGUGGUGAAAUUGGUGGGCUUCCGUGCCUUCACCUCAGCAGCUCAGGCACUGGAGAACAUUAAUGCUGUGUCUGAGGGGCUGCUGACAGAGGAGCUGAAGGUUUUCUUAGAGACCAACCUGCCCAAGACGAAGAGCAAAGUGCAGCUUGGUGUGUGUGACUCCAAACUGGGAGCUGCUGUCAAUGAAGCGUUGGGCGUGGGUGUCACUCAUGUUGGUGUGGUGCCGGAGAUAAUCCGAGGCAUUCGCACACACCUCUCCCAUUUUGUGAAGGGGCUCAACCUUGCCUCCAUGAAGCAGACAGAGCUUGGCCUGGGGCACUCCUACUCCCGUGGCAAGGUCAAGUUUAACAUCAACCGUGCUGACAACAUGAUUAUCCAAAGCAUUGCUCUUGUUGACCAGCUGGACAAGGACAUCAACACCUUUGCCAUGAGGAUCAAGGAAUGGUAUUCUUACCACUUUCCCGAGCUGGCCAAGGUGGUGACAGACAACUACCAGUACAGUAAGUGUGCACAUUUUAUCAAGGACCGCAAAACUCUGAGUGAGGAGUCUUUGCCCAAGCUCGAGGAGAUCACCAUGGACUCGGCUGUGGCUCAAGCCAUCCUGGAUGCAUCAAGAAUGUCCAUGGGAAUGGACAUCUCUCCCAUUGACCUCAUGAACAUAGAGAGGUUUGCCAAGCGUGUCUCCAGCCUCUCUGACUACCGCAAACAGCUGGCACAGUAUCUCAAGAAGAAGAUGGACUUUGUGGCCCCUAACCUGGCUGUAUUGAUUGGGGAGGUGGUGGGGGCUCGCCUCAUCUCCCAUGCCGGUUCCCUCACUAACUUGGCCAAGUACCCAGCCUCCACUGUACAGAUCUUGGGAGCAGAGAAGGCACUCUUCCGUGCCAUAAAGACACGAUCCAACACCCCAAAAUAUGGCCUUAUCUACCACUCCACAUUUAUUGGGCGAGCUGCUUUGGCCAAUAAAGGCCGUAUUUCCAGGUACCUGGCCAACAAAUGCUCCAUGGCCUCCCGCAUUGACUGCUUCUCAGAGAGUCUGUCUUCGGUGUUUGGGGAGCACCUUCGGGAACAGGUAGAGGAUAGACUUGCCUUCUACGAGACUGGAAAUAUUCCUCGUAAGAAUGCUGAGGUGAUGAAGGAAGCCCUAGAGGAACACAAUGCAAAGAUGAAGGAGGAAAAGAAAACCAAGAAAAGGAAACUGGAUGAAUCCAUCAAUGGUGGUGAAGAAGUGGCUGAGGUACCCAAAAAGAAGAAGAAGAAAGGUGCUGAAAAAGUAACUGUAGUAGCUGAGAUUGAGGUGAAUGAAGACCCUACUCAGAAUCUGGAGGAUUCAAUAAAGAAAAAGAAGAAGAAGAAGAAGCUCCAGCAACAGGCAGAUUCAGAGAACCUGAAUGUAGAGAAGAUGGAGAUGGAGGUGGCAUCAGAAGUAACAGCAGAGUCUCCCAAAAAGAAGAAGAAGAAGAAGAAGAAUAUUGAAGAGCAACAGGAAGGGGAUGCAGUGGAUGUUAUCAAUGGUGUAGGGGAGGAGAUUAUUGCACUUGAGGAGACCCCAAAAGUAAAGAAAAAGAAGAAGCAUGCAGAGGGUGCCAUACAGGAAGAAAUUAUCCCAAAAGCAGAGGUAUCUAAAAAAAAGAAAAAGAGGCAGUCUCUUUAAGAAAUUUCAUUUUUUCUUUUUUUCUAUAACUAUUGUUGAAAGUUUAUUUACAGUUCUUUAUUGCUAUUUCAUUAGACUUUUAAAUAUUGUCAGUUUUUUUUAUUGCCUUAGCAUUUACCAUCUUCAUUUGUUGAGAUAAUAGGUAUCAUUCAUUGAUCUGCUUAUUUUGUGCAGCCUUGCAUUGAGCUCAGACAAAGACAAGUACACUGAAUGGUGUUCUUGUGUACCUGUUGAGUUUGUACUUUGUUUGAUGCUAUGUGGGGGAAGUCUUCCUUCUUAGCACCAAAAGUUCCUCUAUUCAUUUAGGUGUGUAAAUUGAUAUUUGGUUUUAAUGUUAAAAAUUAUGUAAGUAAAUACUGGCUGUUUAAGUCAGCAGUGCUUUUGUAAAUUAUAAUGUUUAAUUAAGGUAAUUAUUUUCAUUAGUUUGUGACACAAUUCAUUAGCAUGGAACAAGAUGAUGCAUCUGACUACAGGAGCUUGUUAGUGUAAUCACAUGUAGGGCUGGUGCUACAAAUUGUGGGACCCAAUUACUAAAUUCAUAUGAUCAUGUAAAAGUUCAAUCCAUAUUAAACAAAGCAUAGAUAAUUAAUUAUAUAUCAAAUGAAA